AUGAGAGUGUGUGCGCUGGUCGUCCCAUGUCUCGGCUUCCCGUCACGUGUGCGUUUUGAAUCUCUGCUUGUGUUGUGGUUGAAGGGGCGUAUUUUAAUUAACCAUCAUUUGCUUUCUUGUGUGGUGACGUUUGCGUUUCAUUUUUCUUUUCAACAAAUCAGUCUUUGUUGCUUCAGCAAGCUAAGAAAUACCUUUCCAACAGUCACGCCGAUGUUUCAGUGGCUCCUCGCCUCAUCGUGCCCUGCAGCGCUGCCAUUGCUGCUCAUGAUGUUGACUUUGAUGUGUUGUUCCAGCGGGUUCUUUGCUGCCAGCCUGACGUACUCCUGUUCCUCUGACAAAGCGAUGCGUGCCGCCAGGACGAAAUCGAUGCCGGUGGUGAUGAAAAACGUGCCUUUGGGAACGGGAAGUGCGUCGCAGACAUACACCGUCAUCGGGAGGAAUGGAUGGGCGCCCAUGCGCAUCAAUGUGUCCACAAAUGACCCGCGUAAUACCAGGAAGUAUUGCAGCUCAGAUCAUUCUCGUGUGAGAAAUUUAUUGAAAGGCUAUCCCGAGUGUGAGGACAAUGCACUUUCCAGUAAUAAGAGGAAAAUCCUCAUCGACAAUGUUGUUCCUGCUGCUGUCAAACUGCAUGCGGAUCGUCUGCUCGUCCAGCCACUGGAGGGUCCGUUGGUUGUGCCCCCAUUUGCCGCGGGCAGUGUUUGCAGUCGGUUCACUGUGCCUGAUGAGCAUCGUUCCGCUGGUGUUGCCAAUUCUGACAUGGUGCUGUACGUGGCUGCGGCGCCUGGUGGCGUGUGGGCACUGCCGUGCGCCACGCUGGAGGAUGGCCGUCCAUUCGCUGGCGUCAUGAAAAUUGCCCCAGCCGUUUUAUUUCACGGACGCCUCGCCACCCGCAUCGCCGCGCACCUGAUGGCUCAUGCUCUCGGGUUCGCUCACCCGCACAUGGCCAGCCGCAGCAUGGUGAUGAAUGUUACCGGUGUGCGUGGCAGGGCACUGUCGGUGGUGGUGAACUCGACGAAUGCCGCGAUGGCUACGAGGGAGCACUACGACUGCGAUGACAUUUAUGGCGUGGAGCUAGAAGAUCAAGAGUGGAACGGGAGUACGCUGGAGUCGCACUGGUCACAGCGCCACGCGAAGGAUGAGUUGAUAGCACCGAUUGGAGGUGCCGGCUACUACACGGAGCUGACGCUGGCUGCAUUUGCUGACCUGGGCUACUUCAAGGUGAACUGGAGGAUGGCGGAGCCGAUGGGUUGGGGCAAGAAGUCGGGCUGUGAGCUGCAGCAGCAGAGGUGCUCCGAACUGAACCUAAUUAUUCCCACAUGUUCUGCAACAUAA